GGGCUGGAGCCCGCGGCGCCCCUCUGGCAGCAGGGCGAGCGGCAGCUGGACGGCCACCUGCAGCAGGACCAAGGUCAGGGGCAGGGGCAGGGGCAGGGGCAGGAAACCGCCCUCCCGCGGCGCAAGCCCCGCCGCACUGCUCGCGGCGCCGCCGCCGCCGCGCCUCACGGCCUCCCCCAAAUCACCAGCCGCACCUGGGCGGCAGCCGCCAAGCAGCUGCUCCCCGCGCUGUACGACGCGGGGUGGCACACCAGCCUGGCCGCGUUCUGCAUAGACCUGUGGGAUGACGUGGCGGCGGCCCUUGAGAAACGCGACGAGCCGCGCCUCGACGCGGCCUUCAGCUUUGCGUCCGCCUGCAUCUGCGGCGGCGGCCGAGCGGGUACAGACGCAGGAGCCGGCGCCGGGCCCGGCCCGAGCGCGUACGCGCAGGGCUGCUGCUUGCUGCCGCUCGCGGAGGCGGCCACGGCGGAGGAUGGCGGGCAGCUGCUGGAUGAGGCGCUCGCGCGGCUCGGGCCCGCGGCCGGUGACGCGCUGCUGCGGCCUGUUGGGGAGCGCGCGGUCGGCGCCGCGGCGGGCGCGCGGGUCGCGGCGGCGUUGCAGGGCCUGGAGCGGGCCGGCGACGGCGGCGGGGUCGGCGCGGCGGGGGUCGCAGCGGCGCCUGGGCUGUGGGAGGGGCUGGGGCGCGUGCUGGAGCUGAGGGCGGUGUACCCUGGGGUUGAGGCGUCAGCCCUGGCACACCUGGCGCAAGAGCACGGCGCCUGGCUGGACUGA